ACACUUCAAAAUCAGUGCUGGCAGAUAGCAAAAAACACGUUGACGCAAAUACUGCAUUUUUCCGUGCAGGGCUCCGUUUCGCUUGUCGCUGAAAUAAAAUCCAGCCUUGAGUCUCGAUAGUCUGACACUUGAGUACUCGACUUCGGAUAUUCGAGUAUUUCCAAGUAUUUCGAGUUUCACAGUUCUCGUUCUUAGGUAUUGGGAUAUCGGUGGCUUCGCUCACGCGGCACGUGCGUGAAGCUACUGCGUGCAGUCUGGUGGAGCCGCGGAAAACAUGAAAAAAUUCUUGCGUAAUAAACUGAAGAAAUUACGUUUGUUGUACUAAUUUAAAAAUAAGUAUUCUCUCCGGUACCGAUGAUAGUAGCUAGAUAAAUUCCUCGCAAAAUGGAUUGCGACGACAGACUGUUCUUAGCGGAUAAAUUUGUGGACACUGACAACAACGACGACGACGAUGAUGAUGAUCAUAAUGAUGAUGAUGAUGAUGAUAAUUACGAAGAAAUCGAACGAGAUCUAGAGGACAAACUAUACGCUGCUGUGUUUCAUUCCAACGAUUUAUCAUCAUCUAUGAGCAAAGACAUUCCAGCAUAUAGCCGUGUCACUUCUUUGACAGAUGGGAUCACAUUGUGGAAAAGUAGUUCUCAUGAUAGUGACAAUUCUGCAAAGACGAAAAAGACCUCAUGUACGACAUCAUAUGAACCAACAAACUCCGGAGAAAAACGUAACACCAGUUCUGGAGAUUCCUGUGAAAUUGGGUCUGAUAAAUGUGUCCAAACCAGAAACCGUUGUGAAUCUAUUUCAUCUAAAAAGAAUAGUGAAUUGAGUUCAAGAGAUGAAUCCAGAGUUGGCACUCUCACUGUUGAUCAUAUAAAGUUCAUGAAUUUAAACCCGACCAUUCAAAGUGAUAAAGCUAAGCCCUAUACUGACUUUGAUGACAAUGAAUUGGUGACUAAUAAGCACCGCAGAGGAAUUAGUGCUGCUGAUUUGUACGGAAGUGAUGAAACAAUUUCUGUAUUUGGCGACAAGAACACCACAGACAAGGAGAAAAAAUCGCUUCAAUCAAAGGUUGCGAAAAAAUCAAAAGCUUCUCCUAAAAAAACUCCCUACUGUAACGAAUCCGGUGCCAAAGGUUCAUCUACCAAGUUGUGGAAGCAAAGCGAUAGCGUCGACAAAGCUGAUACUUGGGCUACCAUCCAAUUUCCUGAUGUAGCAGCAAAUGCGUUACCCAAAGACGCAGUUGAAUCAUCGAAUGUCAAAGCUGAAGACGAGGUAGAAAAGACAGAAUCCGCAGAAACUCAGCCUCAAUAUAAUUUAAGUUGUACUGCAGAGGAAGAUUCACAUAGACCAGCAAGUAUACCCCCUGAAGAAGAGGUUGGGAAUGAUGCUAAGAUGGAGCAUGAAGCUUCAUGCUCCUCCUCGAGAGAUUGCUCAUCAAAUGCACCCUCCACUAGUAUUGCAGGCAAGGAUAAGCCAAUAACGGAUGGACAUCUUGACGUAGCUCAGAAUGUAGGAAAUGAAUGGUGUAGCGUGAUAACAAUUGACGAUUCAGAGGAUUCGAUUUGCGAAGUUCCUGUCCCACCAAAACCACAGCCACCUACAAUUCAUUUAGAUGAUUCCAAUAGCUCAACAUCAUCUAGUAGUGACAGUAGCUCGAAUAAAAUGUCAAGAAAAAAACAGAAAAAAUACCACAAGAAUGCUGUGUCUAAAUCCAUUACCAGUAAUCAGAGUGCAGGAUGCACAGAAUCGACUGAAGCUAGAAAGGAGGUAUCUAUAGCACAAAAAGAAACUGAGAAGAACAGAAACAGCUGUUACUCAGAUUGGUCUUCGUCUGAUAGUGAUGACAGCAUGACCGAAAACGAGGAAGAACACUGGGGCAUUAUUGCUGGGAGUCAAAUGAACAAAGAUCAACCUGCUCAUAUUUUUAGUGAUGAUACAAGAAUGUCUCCGAUUGUUGAAGAGUCGACUAUCCAGCAAGGAAGCAGUAGCCAUCCUAUUCUCGCUCACAGAGAUGAAAACAAUACAGACAUAUCUGACGAGCAGGAAAGACAAGACGGGAAUUAUUUAGACGAAUUAUUAUCACGAUAUUUAGAAACUAGCAAGAAAAUAGGUACAGCCGUGUCGACAUCAGUCAACUCCGCUACUCCGGAAAAGGAAUCUGGUGGUGUAAGAGAAUUGUCAUCACUGAGGGGACAAACGUUAUCCACACCUAAUGAGAAGUAUAAAAAUUCAGAGAUUCGUCAGGAUCUAAUUAGUGAUGAUUUGCUAAUAAUUAAUGUAGCAGAACACGAAAUGACUCAAAUAUUAUCUAGUCCUGUAGCAAGUCGAGAAUCACAAACAUCGGCAGGAACACCCGAGAGUAGAAAGAGACCUAUAAUGGAUAGUGGAAAAAAAUUUAAACACCAAAAUUCUCCCAAAAAAGCUAGAAACUCUGACGAACCUGUCGAGUCAACUUCUUCCUCUACCAAGUCUCCGAAAGAGAACAAGGAGAAUAGAAAAAAACAGAGAAACUGUGCUGGUGAUUAUUUUUUCAUACCUAUGAAUCCAGAGAUGACCGAUUAUUACAAGUCAGACGCGUCUAAGAACUUUAACAUUGAUGAUAUUAGAAAACAAAUGCCGAAAGACCCCCGAUAUUGGGCCAUUUCGGAUGAGGACUUGCUUAACUACCGGCAACGAGGCUCGAGAUAUUGGACGCGAAUGAAAUGCAGGAACUGUAACGGCAGUGAUCACAACACUAGCGAGUGCACAUCAAAAAGAAAACUCCCGUGCUGUCACAUGUGUGGUAUUUCAGGCCACAGAGAACCGAGAUGUCCGCACAAAAUGUGUCUUGGUUGUGGCAAGAAACAACUGACGUACAUGCAAAUCUGCAACGAAUGCAAAAAAGCUUGGUGCAACGGUUGUCGGUCCUACGGACAUUUGGAAGAUAAAUGCCCGGACCAUUGGCGACGAUAUCAUCUGACAACAAGCAUGAGAAAUGUGAUAACAAACCUGAGCGCUACGGAUGUGAUGAAACCUUCACACCAACUCAGCUGUUGCAAUUGUGCUAAGCGUGGUCAUGAUUCUGCAACAUGUAAAAAUUACCGUUGGUCACGACACUUUCCUACUCCAUCAUAUGUAACCAAUUACAGUAUAGGACCUGCUUACGCGGACCAUGUUAUUUUCGAGGAUACAAGUUCUAAUUUCAGUACUGAAAACCCGACCGAACCAGUUCAAGAACCCGCAGAUAUUGAAGUACGCGUUCGCAACACAGACUUGCCAAGGAGUCAGAAAAAACGGAAAGAAGAUAAAGUGCCUCAAGGAAAUUUAAGGACCGAUAUUGUUGAUGAACGUAUUGACGAGUCAAGAAAACAGUCAAAAGAUCAGAGCAAAUCCAAUGUAGAGAAGUCUCAUAAAAGUACCGAACUUUUGCUGAUGAAUUCGAAAUCCACGCAUGAAGUGGAAACACUCCUGAGGCUCGAAUCUGAACUUUUAAAUGGUAGUUUUAUACAUGCAUCAGAUUUGAGUGAAUCUGUAGAGUCAUUAUCUACUGAUCAGUGCAAGAAUUUGGUAGAAUCAGAUUUAAGUCGUCAAUUUUUGCACAAUUUAGUUACCCAAUUCCCUGUAAAACUGGUAGUUGAACGUUUCCGAAGAGAAAAAGUUGUCAUGACCAUUACUGGAAUGGAGAAACUUCGUGGUGCGUUAAAACAUAUUAUUAUGGAUUGGUUGAGUUGGCCAGUUGACGAAAGAAGCAGAUUUGUAAACCUAAAUUUACCAAAGACCAAGAAAGCUCUGAUAGAUUUAUUAUCGUGCAAGUUAAACGAAUUGGAACAAGAUCUAGGUGAUCCAAUUGAAAUAUUCAGGAAUGUACAAUCAUUGAAAGAUCGAUUACAAAGUAUGCAACGGCAAUUACCAACAGGAAGAACAGUUAUCUCGUCGAAACGUGUGAACGUAGUCUCGGAAUUGGCGAAGUCACAGUGCAAGCUUAAUAUGAUUUUGCUUGGACAAUCUAAAACAAGAAGACAUGAAAAGAGUUGCAAAUAUUUGAGGCAAGCUCUAUGCAAUAUGCAAAGGAUCACUAGUACAAAUUAUGUAAGCGCUCACAAUAGUGACAGUAUGCAACAAAUUGAUAAUCAAAAUCAUGUAGAGCCCUCAGUGUAUCUUAAUAUUGUCCAUCAUUACAAUAAAAUAUUUGCAGCAUACACACCACCUAACAUUUUAGAUUUGCUCAAUCAAUAUAAGCAAAAACAGAUGAAUGAUCAAGCAAAAGUAAAGAAGAGAAAACCGAAAAAUAAGAGAAAAAAAUCGCGAAAUAAAACAAAGGUACCAGAUUACAGAAGUUACAUUAUAUCACUUAACAGGGUAAACCAAAACCAUGAUAUUAAUUCCACAACGUCGGCUGGCUCCAACGUUUCAUUCACUGCAAGUGAUCAAAUCUUACCAAAAGGUAUAAACAGUAGCAGAGAGGGUACAUGCACCACUGUUAACAGAAACGUCAGUCGCAACAUUGAAGCUCAGUUGCAAGCCUCGAGUAUGGAUGUUAGUAACCCUAAUCGCGAUCUUGAGCGCAACUUACCAAAACCUCUGCCUAUGUUGACAAACCAUUGGAACAAUGUAGAGCAAAAUUAUUAUAAUCUGAAAUACAAUUUUGACAAUAUUUCGGCUGAAAAAAAACAAGGAAGAAGUACAAGAUUUCAGGAAAAUGUCCAGCAUGCCGAUUCCGUAAACAAUGAUGUUUGCAGUUUGCAGAACCGCAUUGAAAAUAAUUUUAGGAGAAAAUCGAAGAGAAUUUAUCAAAACGAUACUUUGCAAGGAAGUUUAUCAUCGGGGGCAACAGCAAACGGGUUUUCAGAUAUUCCUAAAGUUGGAUAUCAGGGAAACUUGUCCGAAAAAAACAGAUCGCAAGAGAGCUAUAUUCUGCGUAAAAAUUCUAUACAGGAUAAUUUUAUAUGUGACAGGCAACCUGAAACAUCUGAAGACGGUCUUAUAAACAAUACUCACGAUUUCCCAAAUAUUGCGUAUAACAGAAGAGGUAGACCCGACGCACACGCAACUUCAAGUCCUGCUAUUUAUAACCAUGCGUUACACGCAGCUAUUAAUGAAAGUCCUGGUAUUGCUGUUGAAACUGAAAAACAUAGAGUUAAUAAGAAAGACAGAAAGGAGAAACCUAGUCCUGACGGAAGUUUGCCUUUGUACUUGCAGAAACGUGCUGCAAAAAAAGUGGAGAAAUAUGUAAACUCAGAACACCCCUGCAUUGCCCAAAAAGCCAGAGAGCUGCAGCACAAACUUGGCCAGAAAUCUCUCACAUUGCACUGUACAUUAGACUUUGAAAGAUUAAUCAAACGUCAAUUAGAAAAAACCGACCACCUAUUGUCAAAGAGAUAUUAGUAACUGCUGCUAAUCACGAGCACAAUUCCCUUUUUUUUUUUGUUUUUGCACAAAGUAAUUUUUUUUAUUUAUUUUUUUUUUUUUUUUUUUUACUAAGUAAUCGCACUGUCAAUUUUUCAUACUGUUAUAAGUGGAUUACACAAACGAAUGUGUUAUUUUAUUUACUCCGUAUGUAGGAAAAUGUGCAAUUAGGGAUAAGAUGUUUUUUUUUUGUUUAUCACUUUUGUACAUGAGAAAUGUAUAAGAAAGUUCUGUGACUGGAACUUUAGCAGUUUUACGUUACAAAUUAUAUUUCGUAUACAAUUACUGUUGACAAGAUGAUCACUAGUUCGUAUGGGAUUACUUUAUUCGCCUUUUCACGACAAAACUUGUUAAAACACUGUUAAAAAAAUAUGUAUAAAUACAUAAAGUCGUGUACGCAAUAAAAAUCAACAAACUAUUUUAAUUUGUAAU